GGAUCUUAUCCUCCGAGCUGUCCUCACCUUAUCCUUUGCAGUACUUUCGUUUUGUUCAGUGCACCCCCCAUUACCCAGGAGGUCAUCCUGCCUGUGAAGAUCAUAUCUGAAUCUCUAAACCCCAGUUUGAGAACCGUGAUCGGAUAAGGUGUUGUAGAUUAAAGUAGAGAGAAAAAAAAGAAAAGGAAUCACCAGCUGAAAUGAUGCUUGCGCUGGGUUCACUGUCUUGCCAGAGCUCUGCCUCCAUUAUCUAAACUCUACGGAUGGAUCUAUAACAAUGCAAUAAAAAUAGACGUCUAGAAGACUGAACAGUGCUACAAGAACUCUUGUGCUCGAAGUGCACUCACCACCAGCGUCAUACUGAUGCUGCUGCGUUUAGACAUGUGUCAUGACGCACCCGUGACGUCCGGAGAUGCCCAUGUUAAUAUGUGUAGUCCUUCACUAUAGUGUGGCAUUGCACUAGGCAUCUGCGGUGGAGUACUAGUUUUGGGUAUCGGCUACUAUUAAGUGCGCUAGUGGCUCUGCGGCGUUUUUGUCUUUUUUUUUUUCCCCCUUUCUUUUCUUCCGGAUUCGGAUCGCGUAGCGCACCGGAGUCUCGCGCGCGCCGCGGGUGGACUGAGUCGGUCAGAGCGCGAGCGUCACGAAAGCGCGGGAAAGAAAAGUGCGCGGUUCGCGGGGGAGACACGCCGCCGCUUCAGAGCCACAGCCGGGCUUUCAGACUUAUUAUUAUUAUCAUCAUUAUUAUUAUCAUUAUUAUUCCCCCGUUUCCGGCUCCGGUUUGCAGAAUGACAUCUCUGAGUAGCGUCUGUUUCUUCUUGCCUGUUGCUUUCCACCUCUUGAUGGUGCCAAGCUUCAGCUCUAUGGCCACUGCUAGGAGGUGUGGCUUCAUCUACAAGGGCUUUGCACAGUGUCUUCUGGCCCUUGGGGACAGCUUGUCCGCGAGCAGCCAAAGAGACGAGGACGUGCACGAGAUCGACUCAGUCUGCAGAUCAUGGGACGAGUUUCAUGACUGUGCCAACUUGGCCAUGGCUGGCUGCCCUGAUGAAGCCGCUGUUGUGUGGGAGUCACUGAGACAAGAGUCUAAAAAGAUGCAGUUUGCAGGUAACCUGUAUGACAUGUGCUCCAGUCGCAGCCAAUCAACAACAAACACGGGGGCCCAGAACCCAGAUGAGACCAAUCAAGAGUCCCUGAAAGGAAAGGCCAAUCAUUUAAGCAUAAGCCAAAGCAUCCUUCUCCCCACUUGCUUGAGUUUACUGUUCUUCUACCUGUGGUAAUAGACCAAGACUUUCUGCUUCAACAGACAUGCAGCAGAAGUUAAUUUACCAAUGAACUGAUGUGUUACGUUGACAUUCUUCUAAGUAACACUGUAAAUAAUAAUUCAUUUUUAUUUAUGUAAAAAAGGCAUGCUUUGGAACAGAAUUCUACACAUGUACAGCGCCCUCUAGAAUUACUGCCAUCUUCAUGACUAUGAGAAAAAAAAAAAGAAAUAACCAAAAAAAAGAAUAAAAAUAGCACAUGCAAUAAGUGAUAUGGAGCUCAAAUGUGCAAGGACAAAUGCAGUCUAAUCCAAGCAUGGGGUUUUUUUUGUUUUUUUUUACAAAGAAUUUCUCUGGUUGCAAAAUUAUUGGCCCUCUUACAUUUAAAGUUUUAUGAAGUUACCCUGGAGAAAGAAAAAAAAAAUUAUAUCACAAAUUCUAAAAAAGAGUAUAAAGUAUAGCUUCAAGACAGGUCUGACCAAUAUUAAGGAAGAAUGUGAUAUGCGAUAUGAGUGUAUGUGUAUAUAUAUAUAUAUAUAUAUAUAUAUAUAUAUAUAUAUAUAUACUGAAAACAUUACAGCUAAUUUUGCUAAUAGUUAAUAGUUAUUCACAGUGGCAAGCAGCCAAUCAGAAGUCAUUUAGUUGGGCCUGUCCACUGAGCAGAAGCAAUAGUUAAGGACAGAAGCAACUCCUGAAUGUGGUGAAUGAUUUUAUUUGCGCACACAGAGAGUUUAAUAUGAGCAUGCAGAUUCUCCGCCCAUCUGCUUUCCUUUCGUGUUUGUAGAUUUUGGCAUGGAUUAGCCACCAUACCAUAGCCCGAAUACAAUCACAUGCACAGUAUACUCCCUCUUAUUUAAGUCCUCUUAAAAAAUUCUUAACUUUUUGAAGUAUUAAAAUCAUUUGCAAGCCCUUUGCAAUAUAUACAUUUGCGAUAUUUCAAUACUUUUGAUAUAUCAUGCAGACCUACUUCACUGCAUGCUGUUCUGAUAUUGACAGACCCUUUUUGCACCUUUUCUAGUCUCAUUUUAUGUCUAAACAAUUGCAUACAUUUGCAGGCAUGCUGAAUAAAUAUCUAUAUACAGCAAAUUGGUUUUGUUUGACAGCAUAUAAUUGUCAGGAUUUUUUUUUUCUUAUCCACAGUAAUAUACGUAGUGCUAUUGUUUUCCUGCAUAAAAACAUCUUUAUGAAUAAAAUAUUACAUUUUUAUUACAAAUCUGUUAUUUCCUUCUAUGUAAAUACUUGUAUAUAACAUUCACAGCAAUGUAUAAUUUAAAAAAUAAAAAAUAAAUAAAAUAUGCUGCUAUGGGAAGAAAAUGUAAUUUACUUAAGAGAAUGUUGUGGUUCAUUUCAGGAGAAGAUGUAGGUCAAAUAUUCAGUGGCAUCUAGUUACAUUUAUAUUAGAUAUUUAUGAAGGAAUGAAUCAACACUUAAAGCUCACAUCCCUCAUUUGUUCUUCUAUUUGAUUUGUACUUUCGUUUUUGCUCAUUUAUUACUAAUACGGUUACUUAUUAUCUUUUAGAAAGAAUUUGUGUGUGUUUUUCUUUAGUGAGGAUCCAAAUUGUCCACCUGUUUUAAUUCCAGUAAUUCUGACAUGAAUCUGUUGAUGAGCAUUUUGAACUUUGUAACCUGGUGCUUCAUGAUCAGUGAAUGACGUGAAUGUAAGAAUGUGACUGUACUGUUCCUCAGAGAUGCACAUCAGUAUCUCCUCAGAACUCAAGUUGAUGUUGCAGUCAUCUGAAAUAAAAUGACAAUUGUAUAACAAAA